ACUAUUUUGAAAGACGACCACCCCAGAACGGCCCAAUUCACACCUCUUCAAAUUUUAAUUAAAUCAUUUGCUAAGAUGUGGUUUAUUUUUUAUUAACCAUCUCCCUUGGUCUCUGACUCUGUGUGCAAAAGUCGGUCCCAUGGCUUUCCCAAGCCAGGUUGGUUUGCAAUUGCUUCUCUGCCCGCUUAAUUCCAACAUUGUCGUCCGUACAGCAUGUUGUUCUGUGGGGACUCUUUUGCCUGUUUAUGCAACAUUUAAGGCCAUUGAGAAUAAGGAUCAAAUGGAGCAACAAAAAUGGCUUCUCUAUUGGGCAGCUUAUGGAACUUUCAGUGUCGCUGAAGUGUUUGCAGAUAAAAUUCUGUCCUGGUUUCCUCUCUACUAUCAUAUGAAGUUUGCAUUUCUUGUUUGGCUACAGCUGCCAUCUGUCAAUGGAGCCAGGCAAUUGUAUAUGAACCAUCUGCGCCCAUUCCUAUUGAGGCAUCAAGCUAGAUUUGAUCAAAUGAUAGAGUUUCUACAUCGUGAAGUGGAGAAAUUUGUCAUUACACAUCAAGCAGAAUUCAAGUUUGCUAAGGCACUUUUUGUGAAAGCUGUGGUAUCAGUGCACCAUAUGGUUCAGGAUAUUAUUCACCCAGGACAAAGACAAGCAAAUGGUGCCUUCAGAGGCAGAGCAAGGCGUAUCCAGGAUUCUCAAUCUGAUGAUGAAGAUUAAGGCAUUCUUCCUAACUAGUGUGAUUUGUUGAUAUUUUCUUUUUUCCUUGGGAUUAUUUGAAACUUGAAGUUUAUAGUUGCCCUUGACUUUUUUUUCCCCUUUUACUCUUCUUAGGCCUAAAGUAAGAAUGAGAAUAGAGUUAUGGAUCAAAAUAUUAGCUUAUUAAUUUCAAUAGAAGUUAGAGUUGUCUAGAUGGAGAUGUUUGUAAAUGUGGAGCCAGAGCUAUAAAACUUUUAGCCCAUUUGCUAGUGUAUAGAAAAUGAACUUCGAACUGCCCUGUAGUUUGGAAACUUUAGCCAAACAUGUGCAUUCUAGAGAGUUUUGUAUAAAUGAGAACUGACAACCUCGUCUAUAUGCAUGUGUAAUUGUAUGAGGUUAAAACUACAAUGAAGUUGCAGAUUACAGUGGUGUUCAUCCCACUUCUGAAA